UCGAAACAAACGUGAUGACGUGUGGAACCGACUUUAUCCAAAUUUGCGCGGGUUUACUGUUGUUAUGGCUUGCUGUCAUUUCACUGUUUCCUAUUCACAAAAGCCUUACUAAAAAGGUAACGGACGAAGGAAAUGCUGCUUAAUUCAAAUGCGCAUCAUUGUGAGCCUUAAUACCACCCAACCCGGCGUCUGCAAUUAGCACUUUUGACGGUAACGACAAACGGACUGCCAUAUUUGUUGUUGUGGAGUUGUUACAGCGAGACAAGCUAACGCUACAGCGGCUUCAUAGCAGCAUUACAGGAAAACUUACGGUUACCUCGGAUCGCUUUGGAAGCAGGAAUCAUGUCCAAGCGAGAGGCAUUUUUAGAAGCAACCUGUAAAGAAAAUGUGGAGGACUUUCUUCGCUUUAUUCAGCUUCACAAGGACAAAGCUGAGCCCUUCGAUGUGGAGGAGGUGUUGCAGGAGAUGCCCAGAGAGCAGAGAGAGGCCCUGUGGAGGAGACUGGCAUCUCUGCUUCGGGACAUCCUGCUGGAGUUUCCACCAGAGCGCUGGGAGGGCAGGGGGGAGGAGGAGGACAUGCAGGAGGAGCCCACUGCAGACUCUAAACACGCUGUGGCUGUUGUGGACGGCGUGACGCUCGUCUCUACAGUGUCUCUGCAGGUUUUACAAGACGAUGACCCCUAUAGCCCCCUUCUGGAAAUUACCCGACGUCUUCACGAUGUACUGGUGUCGCUUCCUGUCUCAGAGGCACCUCUGCAGAACCACAUCCACGCACUGUGUGAGGCCUGGUGGAAGAAAGGGCUGCAGGAGAAAGAACGGUUUGGGCGCACGGCUUUCUUUGUGUCUCUGCAGAAGAGCUUCAUUCUCAAGAAACCAGGAGCUGAGAUCCAGAGAGUGUGGAGGCUCCAUGACGUGCUUUUGAGUCUUGACUACACAUCAGAAGAAAACAAGCAGAUAAUCGACUUGUUGCUUCAGUGCUUUCACCGCCCUGCUCACAUUAGAAACGAUGAUGGAAAGCGAUUCCUGGUGUUUCUUUUCAGCUGGAACAUCAACUUCAUCUGGGUUAUUCACGGCACAAUCAAAAACCAGCUGGAGUUUUACAGCAAGCCCAUGACUACUCAUAUUGCAGAGAUCUACUUCAGAGCAUGGAAGAAGGCUAGUGGGGAGUUCUUGGAGAAGAUCGAGAGCUUAUGCAUUCAGGAUUUUAUGCAGAACGCGAUCUUCCUUCAUAGAUCUUCUCCUGUGCAUUCCAAAGUCCGACAGAUUGUGAGCUAUUUCCACACGAGGAAGGACUGCCGCAACGUGGACAAGAUGCUCUAUAAUCUCUACAGGCCCAUACUUUGGAAAGCUCUCAGUGCUCCUAACUUUGAGGUGCGUGCAAAUUCCACUUUGCUUUUCACUGAGGCCUUCCCAUUUUACGACCCGAGUGAAAGCAACGAGAAGAUAGACGAGAACAUUCAAAAGCAACUGGACACAGCAAUGAACCUCCUUGAUGAUCCUCACCCGACAGUGCGCUCCAACGCCACCCUGGGUGUCUGCAAGAUCCUGGCUAAAUGCUGGGAGCUCCUCCCACCUACAAUCAUCACAGACUUCGCGAAGAAGCUGGUGGCGGAGCUGGCGGCUGACAGUAGCUCCCCUGAUGUCCGCUGCUCAGUGUUCAAGUGUCUGACUAUUGUCCUGGACAACGCUCUCAGCCAUCCACUUCUGGAGAAACUCUUACCUACUCUCAAAUACAGCCUUCAUGAUAACUCAGAGAAAGUCCGGAUAGCUUUCCUCGACAUGCUUAUGAAGGUCAAGGCAGUGCGUGCUGCUAAGUUCUGGGACGUGUGCAACAUGGACCACCUGCUGGCCCGCCUUGCUAUUGACUCACACUCGGUUUCCAAGCGUAUCGUCGACUUGCUGUUCAAGUCGUUCUUCCCGGUGAACGAGUCGGAGAAGGAGUGGUGUAACCGCUGCAUCACCCUCAUCCAGAUGAACCCCAUGGCUGCCAGGAAAUUCUACCAGUUUGCUUACAGACACACAGCACCCACUAACAUAAUAAAGCUGAUGUUGGCCAUUCGUCGCGUCCUGAACAGCUGCAUCCAGGUUGACUGUGACAUGACUGACAUCAAUGACAGCAACAAAGAGAACAGCGCACAGGCGUCACCUGCCUUGUUGGGGAAAGACAUGGCCAUCGUGUCCAGUUUGCUGGAGGUCGUGGUCAUCCUGUGGAGAAGUGUCUCGAAAGCCCUGAAACAAAAUGAAGAGGCCCAGAAGUAUACUUGUGCCAAGUUUGGGUCUGUCAUGUCCAAGUAUUUCCAGGCCUUUGAGGAUGAGCGAGCUACUGUUCCUCUCAUACAGCUGGCCUCGUUUAUGCCCCCGACCGCAGUGCCAAUGUUCAGCUGUGGAGUCAUGUCCAGACUAAGGAGGAUGGACUCGGGAGCUGCUCCAACACAGUACAGCCAGCUGCUCGACUGCAUCUGUAGCUGGGGCCAGGCUGCUAACAUCCUCGAGCUCAUCACUGACUGGCUCACAGACUCCCUGCCCAAGAAGGACAAAGCGACCAGUGGUCGAAAGGUGUGCAUCAUGGAGACGGUGGAAGCCAAACCCGACCUGGCGCUGGCUUACCUGGAGCACCUUUUCAGCCACACUUCAACACGUGAGAAGGUCCUGGCUCUCGGUCCGAAACCACUGAAGCAGCUGCAUAUAGUUCUGGGGAACUGGAAGUUGGUGCUCUACAGUCAUCUCAGCUCCACCACAGAACACCCCAAACAUGCCAGCGUGGAGACGGCACUGAGCGCCUUCAAGCACCACGGCCGCCUUGGCGCACAUCUGCAACAUAACCUGUCAGAUGGCCGUGACUACCUGCUCUCUCUGGAGCAUGUGGCUGCAUGGGUAGCCGACAGGGUGCUGCCCUUUCUAGCGAAACGUAGCGAUGAUGACAGCGAGGACUCUGAGAAAUCUCAGCCACAGCCGCUGGCUGCAGAGAUAACCGAGAGCUUCCUGACAGUAUGCCGUGACGUUUUGCUCGUGGGUUUGGGUGAUGAGACAUUCAGGGGUCAAAUCCUACACCUGUGCUCGCUCAUCCUCCUCUCAGAGGCGGGCUACCUGUGCAUCCCUGCAGUGUUGCCAAUUUUGAAGGAGGUGGCAAACAGCUAUGCAUCUGAGGACAGCAAGGAGCCUGAGGAGAAUCAGGAGGAUCCAACCACUGUUAUUUUAGGUGUGGUGUCUAACAUUUUCCAGAAGAUUAUAGAGCUCUUGGCCCGUCGCCUUAGGAAGGAUCCAGAGGAAGGAAAACAGCUCUGUCAGUCAGCUGUUCCCGGUCUGACGGACUUCCUCCAGGUGGCCCAACUCUGGGACCGAGCACCUCUCAGCGGGGUCUUCUCUACUUUAUUUGCUGUCAUCGUCGUGGAGAAGAGACAUUUGCUUCAGAAGAUUGAGCAUCCUGAGGCGGUGAUCAUCCCAGAGUCAGUGGACGACAUGCCUCCUUUGUCCAGGAUCUUGCUGUCUGUCAUCCUCAAGUCACAGCCUGUUACCAGGGCAUUUCUGGCAGAGGUCUGCACAUCUGUGGAUUCUGAGGCCAUCGGCAAUCUCGUUGAACUCGCAGCCGUCCUGCACGUCUUGGCGGUCAUCAAACACGCCGGACAGUCUAAAGCGGGCUUGAAGAGCGCAGCUGUGUCUGUCCAGCAGCAGCUUUACAAACAUGCAGUCACCUUUGCAGACAGUACAGACGUCCAGAGGGUUAUUUAUGAAUCUUCUGUGAAGACUUUGAAUGAGAUUCUGCAUUUAUGAGUUCCAACUUUAAAAGAAAAAAGGUUUCCGUGUAAUGUAUUUUCUGCUUUAUUUUGUUUUGCUUGGUCUGCUUUCCUGAAGGUCGAUCUUCCCCAGCCACCUUUGUUUGAAGGGUUUGGAUUAAUACCAGGAAUGCAAAGUUUCCAAGGCUCGCUAAACUCCUGCAUUGUAUUUAUUUCUUGAUGGCGUACGUUACUCAGUUCGUGUCUCAACCUUUCUAUAUUUAUGUUAACAAAUACAGAUUGAGUACUUGACUUAAGAAAUAUGGUGGGACUUUUCUUUUAAGCUUUCACUCGCUUAUAUUUUUUUGAAAACAAUUUGAAAUGCAUAUUUUCAUCGUAUGUCUGUUUAUGUGUCUGCUGUUCUGUCAGCCUGCAGUUUGCUGCUAAUCAGAAUAAAACAGACUGUAUCAAUCAGCCUAAA